UUAUAAGGGAGAAUUUGAUUUUGCAUCCCAAUUUUGAGGUGUUAUUGGACUUUGCACUCCAUUUUGAAAAAACUUUGAUUUUGCACCUCAACACAUAACAUUUUGUGAAGAAAAAAUAUCAUUGGGGUGCAAACUGUAAAGUCAAAGGAUUUUUAAGUGAAAUAGCGUGUAAAUUCAAAGUCUUUUGAAAAUGUGGUACAAAGUCCAAUAUCACCAAAAAAGUGGGUGCAAAGUCAAAUUCCCCCAUUUUAUAAUUGUCAAACUGAUCUAGGGAGUAAUUAGAUCUACGGUAUUUUGGUACGGUGUACGAGUAUAUAAUACGGAGUAUACGGGGGCAAAAUAGGAAUUAAGAAAUAGAUCAAAGGCGGUCACACACUCGCUCUUGACAGGCGGAAAAGUUUAGCGAAAAAAACGAUGGCUUUAUUCGGCGCAGCAAGAACCUUCUCUAUGCCCGCGGUCGACCUCGGCGGACUUCGCGGUCGUUCUCCGAUAGGCUUCACCGCAGGCUGUAUAUCACUUGCCGGUGUGAGCUUACGCCGAUUUCCGUCGUCGCUGUCUAAACCCUUCGCCUCCCUUGGCAUUCACGCUCAUACCAGUGCGAAGGAGGUUGUUCAAACAGAAAAGGCUCCGGCCGCAUUGGGUCCAUACUCUCAAGCAAUCAAAGCAAAUAAUCUUCUCUUUGUAUCUGGAGUUCUUGGGCUUGUUCCAGAGACUGGGAAGUUUGUUUCGGACAGUGUGGAGGAUCAAACAGAGCAGGCAUGUAUGCAGGUUCUCAAGAACAUGGGAGAGAUACUUAAAGCAGGCGGUGUUAGCUACUCGAAUGUUGUAAAGACUACAAUCUUGCUGGCUGAUCUGAAAGACUUCAAGGCAGUGAAUGAGAUCUAUGCUAAGUAUUUCCCGGCACCAGCACCAGCGCGGGCGACAUAUCAGGUUGCUGCUUUGCCGAUGGAUGCCAGGAUUGAAAUCGAAUGUGUUGCGGCUUUAUUAUAAGCACACAUUAAUGGGACAGCUUUUGUCCUAUUUCAGGAUCACUGGGAGCUAGCUACUUAUAUAUUGAUAAUUUAUGAUGACUGGGUAACAUAAUAAAUGAAAUUUAAACCCCUUCAUCCAUUUUUCUAUAAAGGCCUUAUCUGUAUGCAUUUGUAGUUCAAUGUGAGUAUCUUUGAUGAUUAUUAAUUAACAUUAUAUAAAGAUCAAUUUUGCUUCAUCUGGAAGGCUAUAGCUUAGUGCAACUGAGAGUGAAAUUUCCUUGAUUUAUCGCGGUGUUGUUAUUAUUAUUAUUAUUAUAGAAAUUGCUUAAUAUA